AUGGGGAAGGAACAUAGAAGACCAGAAGUUGUCAACACCAUUAAUGGAAGUGUGCUUGGAGCCGGGCGCAGGGCUGGACGUAUUCAUCAGGGGAGCAGCUCCCCCACGCUCAGGUCUCCAGGUAUUCAUCAAGGGAGCAGCUCCCCCACACUGAGGUCUCCAGGUAUUCAUCAAGGGAGCAGCUCCCCCACACUGAGGUCUCCAGGUAUUCAUCAAGGGAGCAGCUCCCCCUCAGUGAGGUCUCCAGGUAUUCAUCAAGGGAGCGGCUCCCCCACACUGAGGUCUCCAGGUAUUCAUCAAGGGAGCAGCUCCCCCACACUGAGGUCUCCAGGUAUUCAUCAAGGGAGCGGCUCCCCCACACUGACGUCUCCAGGUAUUCAUCAAGGGAGCAGCUCCCCCACACUGACGUCUCCAGGUAUUCAUCAAGGGAGCGGCUCCCCCACACUGACGUCUCCAGGUAUUCAUCAAGGGAGCGGCUCCCCCACUCUGACGUCUCCAGGUAUUCAUCAAGGGAGCGGAUCCCCCACACUGACGUCUCCAGGUAUUCAUCAAGGGAGCGGCUCCCCCACACUGACGUCUCCAGGUAUUCAUCAAGGGAGCAGCUCCCCCACACUGACGUCUCCAGGUAUUCAUCAAGGGAGCGGCUCCCCCACACUGACGUCUCCAGGUAUUCAUCAAGGGAGCAGCUCCCCCACACUGACGUCUCCAGGUAUUCAUCAAGGGAGCAGCUCCCCCACACUGACGUCUCCAGGUAUUCAUCAAGGGAGCGGCUCCCCCACACUGACGUCUCCAGGUAUUCAUCAAGGGAGCGGCUCCCCCACACUGACGUCUCCAGGUAUUCAUCAAGGGAGCGGCUCCCCCACACUGACGUCUCCAGGUAUUCAUCAAGGGAGCAGCUCCCCCACACUGACGUCUCCAGGUAUUCAUCAAGGGAGCAGCUCCCCCACACUGAGGUCUCCAGGUAUUCAUCAAGGGAGCAGCUCCCCCACACUGAGGUCUCCAGGUAUUCAUCAAGGGAGCAGCUCCCCCACACUGAGGUCUCCAGGUAUUCAUCAAGGGAGCAGCUCCCCCACACUCAGGUCUCCAGGUAUUCAUCAAGGGAGCAGCUCCCCCACACUGAGGUCUCCAGGUAUUCAUCAAGGGAGCAGCUCCCCCACACUGAGGUCUCCAGCACAAGUCACCAAUUCCUUACAAUCUGAUAAACUUUAUGUAAAUUAUGCAAAUUAA